UGUCCCUUGAUAUAUACAGUCAUUGCUUUGUCCAUUCAUGUAUAUACAAUAUAUUGAUAUAUACUGUCCUUUAGAUCUGGCAUGCGACUGCAAUGUAUUAAGCCUGGAACGCGACCACUGAUUAUUUACAGCAUGCGCCAUUAGAUGGGCACGGGGAAAAAGACGCAACAACAGUUUUUCGCACUCAAUGUUUAGAUUGUUGUCUUUUUAUACAGUGUAUACUGCUUUGGGAUAUAAAAAAAUCGUCUUUGAAUUUACAUGUAGCCAUUGUUAGUUUGCUAUUAGCAUCGUGGAAGAAGAAGUAUUCGUAGUUUCCAAACGAGAGGCCUGCUAGCUACUGUUUGCUUGUUGCAACAAGAACAAGCUACAAGAACCUCACGAGUUGGUCUUGUUUGAGCGGAAACAUUUUCCACAAAUUUCAGUGCUCAAUCAUCAUGGCUGAUGACUUUGACAUAGAAGCAAUGCUUGAGGCUCCAUAUCGAAAGACUUGCCUAACGAUAUCUCACCUCUACUUCCAUGAAUUCCAGUGUGAUCUGUCAAAAAAUGAAGGAUGAGAUCAAGCACAGUAGUCCCAAUGGCCACGAGGAACGCAGCAAGAAGAAAAAGAAGAGCAGGAGCCGAAGCAGAGACAGGAAGAGAAGCAAAAGCCGGGAUCGCAAGAAGAGCCAUGAUCACAAGCGGAGCCGCAGCCGCGAGCGAAAGCUGAGCCGUAGCAGGGAGAGGCGCCGGAGCCGCACUCGGAGCAGGGAGCGCAGCGGCCGCUACAGGGACCACAAGACCACCUUCUCUGGGCCGAAAUUUAACGGUGGUUCCAGAGGGAAGAUUGGCCCUCCACCAGUCAUCAAGCUAAGCCGAAGACGUUCCAGAAGCCGAAGCCCUUUCAAGAAAGAGAAGAGUCCUGUGAGGCAAGUGUUCCUUGGGGAGAUGACGCAUAAGAACUCAAUCAGGCAGCCAAUAGACAACCUGACUCCAGAGGAAAGGGACGCUCGGACAGUGUUCUGCAUGCAGCUGGCAGCCAGAAUCCGACCACGAGACCUGGAGGAGUUCUUCUCUGCAGUGGGAAAAGUGAGAGAUGUGCGCAUGAUCUCUGACAGAAAUUCGAGGAGGUCGAAGGGGAUUGCUUACAUCGAGUUUGUGGAGGCCAACUCGGUGCCACUGGCUAUAGGAUUGUCUGGCCAGCGACUUCUGGGGGUGCCAAUAAUUGUUCAGGCCUCACAGGUAAUGGCUGAGAAAAACAGGGCUGCUGCCAUGGCCAACAACCUGCAGAAGGGAAACGCUGGCCCGAUGAGACUCUACGUCGGAUCCUUACACUUUAACAUCACAGAGGAGAUGCUGCGAGGAAUCUUUGAGCCUUUUGGAAAGAUUGAGAGUAUUCAGCUCAUGAUGGAUAGUGAGACGAGCAGAUCCAAAGGAUAUGGCUUCAUCACUUUCUCGGACACAGAGUGUGCCAAGAAGGCUCUGGAUCAGUUGAACGGUUUUGAGCUGGCCGGCCGGCCGAUGAAGGUGGGCCAUGUGACUGAGCGCACAGACGCCUCCACCGCCAGCUCCUUCCUGGACAGCGAUGAGCUGGAGAGGACGGGCAUCGACCUGGGCACCACCGGGCGCCUGCAACUCAUGGCCCGGCUGGCUGAAGGCACUGGACUGCAGAUUCCCCCAGCAGCACAGCAAGCCCUGCAGAUGAGUGGGGCCAUUGCAAUUGGUGCAAUGGCCGCUGUAUCAGCUGCCAUGAAUCCUGCAAUGAAUAUGAACAAUAUGAACAGGAAUACAGCUAUGAACCUGCCAUCACAGCCACUUGCUACACACUGUUUCCAGCUGUCUAACAUGUUCAACCCUCAGUCUGAAGAUGACCCAGGAUGGGAUGCUGACAUUCAGCAUGAUGUCAUUGAGGAAUGCAACAAACAUGGAGGAGUUGUGCACAUAUACGUUGAUAAGAAUUCCACAGAAGGCAACGUGUAUGUGAAAUGUCCAACCAUUCCUGCUGCCAUGGCUGCAGUAAACGCAUUACAUGGUCGAUAUUUUGCAGGUAAAAUGAUCACAGCGGCAUACGUCCCUCUCCCGACAUAUCACAACCUUUUCCCUGACUCUGUGACGGCUACCCAGCUCCUGAUCCCUCGUGCUCGCCGAUGAUCUCUCACUGCAAGACACGAAAAACCCAGAUUGGUGGGACAAUGUAUAAUAGAUUUUUUCCUCUUCCCUUUUCUCUCUUUAUAAGUUAGACAUUUUAGUUUGUGGUCGGUCUUUCAGUCCUGCAAGUUAUGGCAGUAUGUUUUUAUUUUAUGUCAGUAAGAUCACUUUCUUUCCUGCAACAUGUUUUUUUGACUUUCCAUAUGCAAAAAGAAUCAAAGCUUUACUUGCACGUCCAAACAUGUGUUGGGUAUUGAGGGUGGAGUUUCAGCCAGUCUAAUAAAGGGAUUGUAGUCCCUGAAGAGUUUAUUGGUUGAUCUGGACAAUUGACCAUUUUAUAUUUUGUAAAGUUUGUUCUUGUUCAUACAUUGUCUUGUGCUUGAAAGCUUUGAUGGGCAUGUUUUCCCUGAUGAAGUGUACAACUUAGACACCGAGACAUAAGAAAAGAGGAUAUAAAAUCUUUUUGGAGAGAAAAAAUAAAAUUCUAACAUUGCAGUUUCA